GGUUAAGAAGUCAGCUCAAAUUCACAAGCAACUACUGGAAAAACUGGGUCAAAUGAAUCAAAAAGAAAGGAGGAAUUGAAAGCAGACGUGCAGAGAAUAUAGGAGGAGUUAAAGGGCAAACAUAACGCCUUCUGUCGAGUAGUUUAUUAUAUAUUGUAGGGUCUGUGGAUUCUGAAGAGAUUAUUGAGUCUCGACUGGUAGUCAAGUCACAACUGACAAACCAAACCCAGUAAACAGGCGAUUCAGAGGCUCGCGUGAGCUUCGACUGUUCACAUUUCAGGACGAACAUCCGGAGAUAAAGAGAGGAAACAUCAUGCUGAAAGCAUCUACAGGAAGGACUAUGCCAACCUUGUGCGGUCCGGUUUGCAGAUAACCAGUGACUGUAACAUGAGGACCGGUGGAGAAUGACAUCCCAUUGUUACAGAGAGCCAUUGAAAAUGAAGAGGGUGAACGGAUACGUGAUCAUUUAUUUAGCAUCCGUGAUUAGUUUCUGUGCAGCAGGGGCUUUGAACAUCACAGCGGUGGAUGGAGAUGGAGGCGAGAACGGGACGGAGGCCAAUGGUGCAGGUUCGAUUCCUGUGGUGGUCACCAAAACCAGCCAGAUCAUCGCCCGUGAGGGAAACUGUGCUUUAAUUGACUGUAAUGUCACUGGUGACCCUUUCCCAAAUGUUCAGUGGUUCAACUCACACGGACACCUGCUGGACACAAAGAAUAGUGAUGGUAAAUGGUGGAUUCUGGACAGCGGCGUCCUCAACAUCACUAGCAUCACAUUUGCAGACCGCGGGAAAUACACGUGCGUGGCGUCCAACUCUCAUGGCAUGGCCAACUGCACAGUGACGCUCCGCGUGGUCUUUACCAACGGAGACAUGGGUGUUUACUACAUGGUGGUGUGUCUGGUGACGUUCACCAUCAUAAUGAUCCUCAACAUCACGCGCCUCUGCAUGAUGAGCAGCCAUCUCAAGAAAACCGAGAAGGCCAUCAACGAAUUCUUCCGCACGGAAGGUGCAGAAAAACUUCAAAAGGCAUUCGAGAUCGCAAAGCGCAUUCCUAUCAUCACCUCAGCGAAAACGCUAGAGCUAGCGAAAGUCACGCAGUUCAAAACCAUGGAGUUUGCGCGCUACAUCGAGGAGUUAGCGCGCAGCAUCCCGCUCCCGCCGCUAAUCAUGAACUGCCGCACGUUCAUGGAGGAGAUCCUGGAAGUGGUCGGCGUGGAGGAAAUGAGACACACUUUUGUUCGGCAAGCACCCGAGAGUCACGAUGGACACGUCGUGGCGGCCGCUAGCAAUUCCAGUGAUGUUUUUACUAUUUUGCGUGAGCGUGAGCGCAGCGAGUCUCCGGCCGCAGACUCCGACGAUGCCUCACUUCACGAGCAGCCUCAACACAUCGCCAUUCAGGUUUCGGUUCAUCCACAGUUAACAUCACCAGGAUGCUGUAACAUAGAAGCUCCGCCUCUUACUGAAAUAGGCUCCACCUCUCCACCCCCAUUGGCUCAGCUGCCUCUGGAGGAGGAGUCUGAGCAGGAAAAUAAGGCGGAGUCUGUUCAAGAGGGUGGUGCUUCAAAGAAAACCCAAGUCAUUUAUGAAAGCCAUGUGUAAUAUCCUGAAGGAAGGAUUAUGACCUCGCUAUGCAUUUGCUGUGGGGCAAGAAAAGGUCAAGGUUUGUGUUUGUUCUUUUCAGAAGUUGCUUUCUAUUUAGUCAUCUUAAGACGAGAUGAAGAGCUGCGUUUUUGUGUUUGAUCUCUCGAAACUCGAAUGUUCGUUUCAUGUUUCACCUUGAAAUCAAUUGGGAGAAAAAUUAGAAGUUGAAUUUUUUGCUUAAAGACAAUAAAUAAAGGCCAUAGAUUGGGUUUUUUUGGCAUUGAAUUGAGACAUUUUCAUUAAAAUGUAUCGGAUUGAACCCUUUUUUUGUGGAAAAAAGUUAUUGCAAAUUUGCAAUUUGUAAAAUACAGUUUUUGUUACUGAAUUUAGUUAAAAAAUAUCCCAAAAAUAUAUAUAUAUUUAAAAUGUAUUCAUUCAGUGCCAUCAUUUGCAAUAAUAAUUAAACAAGAAAAUCAAUACAGUUUUGCAUUAGCAUUUUGAAUUAUGAGAUGAUCGCUAAAUAGUCACAAUCCUGAUUAUUUUAUUUUUUUUGCAUUGAAUUGUGGCAUUUUAACUGUUAAAUGUUUCCCAAAAGUUAUUGCAAUGCAUAAAAUCUAGAUCCCAUUAUUAAUGGUAUAACAGAUCACAAAUCUCACGGUUCGGAUCACAUUAUGGUUUUGUAGUCACAGAUCAGCCAUUUUUCAGAUCGGCCAAAAAGGAGAGGAGACAAAUGUCAUUUGCUUUUUCAUUUAUUACAAAAACAGCACUGCAAGACACUUUGGAUUUAACAAACAGAAUGGAGAAGCUGUAAUUUUAUUAAAAAUAAAAUGAAGCAUAGGCACCAAUGGUGUAGUAGUUCGUGUGUUGACACAUGCACCCCGGUGCUCACGGCGACCCGAGUUUGAUUCCCGCCUCGAGGUCCUGUGCCGAUCCUUCCCCUCUCUGCUCCCCCCACUUUCCUGUCAAUACUCUCUACUGUCCUAUACAUUAAAGGUGAAAACCCCGAAAAAAUAAUAUAAAUAAAUAAAAUGAAGCAAUAAUCAGCUGAAUAAAAAUAAAUUGUAAAAUAUUCAAUACUGUGAAUAGUAGUUCACAGUUACUACUACUGUUGCUGAUGUCGCUAAAUGUAGAAAUCUAGCAUAAUUUAUACAACACAUGUUUAUUUUUAGUCUCAUUUUCAGUAAAUGACGUUAUUCACUCGGACUUCAUGUUUAAUCGCUAGAUGAUCAUUUUUGAGGAAUUAUUCAGUGGCAUAUUUUUAAUGGCUGGUUGUCGCCACCUAUUGGUUAAAUAAUGUAAUUUCUGCUGACAACUUUCAUUUUUGAGCGUCAGGUUAAAUGCAUAUGACGGUGAUUAUAAUCUUUACCAUAAACAUCAGUGAUUUUAUCUAAACUAUAAACUGUUAUCCCAGUACUUCUGUUUAUUUGACUGUUUAUAACUUCACAACGAACUCAAACCACUAAAGUCUGAAUCUCUUACUUGAUUUAUUUUUUAAAUUUUAUUUAUUUUUUAUAAUUUUUUUCCCGUUUUUCAAGCACAGAUUUAAAUGCUACGAUUUGUUGCGUGGGUGUUGAGAUCCCGAUCUUUUAUUGAUUAAUCAUGCAGCUUACACUGAAUGCAAUAUUGCAGGCUAAACGAGUAGUGACGGAAAACCCCUUUAAUAACCUAAGAAACCCACCACAUGCUGAAUAACCCACCACAGCUUCUUCCGUCAUCAUAAUAUUUUACAGGCAAGCCUAAAUGCUUUCAUACAUGUGAUUUGAAUGAUGUGAGAGGCGAUCUCUCUGCAAACAUUAGAAAUGGAGGGUUAAUCUACAAUUAAAAAAAAUGAUUAAUUGGCAGGUCACAUGUGUUCUGAACCGUGGGUUGAUCUGUUACACCCCUACCCAUUCCUAUAUUUGUUAUGAAAAAUAAUAUAUAUGUUUUAUUAUUUCAGUAUUCACCAAUGCAGUUCUGCAAUAAUUAUAAACACAAAAAUCUGAAUCUGGUGGUAAAAUAAAAGCUAAAAGACCUAAAUUCAAAAAUUGCAUAGUUUUAUUGAUUUAUUUUUGAUUUUGGGGUCAAAAUAACCGUAUUUCUUUCUGAGUUUGACCACUUCUGACAAUAAACACUCAUUCUGAAUGUAUUUUGGGCAAAGUUUUCUAUUUAUUUAGACAACUCAGUUUUGCUCGUGAUUUGUUUUUCAUAGUUUGUUGUCAACUAUAGGGCUACCGAGGGAUGCUAAGCUCACGGCUCACAUUUAAAUCGGCAUUACUUUGGAUGUAGUUACAGAUGAUACAUUUCACGGGUGAAUGCGAAUGAACGACUGAUAAAUCCAUAUGGCUGAAAGAAUAAAAAUGCAUUUUUUUUCGUUCAAUAGAACUCAACCAUUCUUGAACUACUUCAGAAGUGAUGUGCAUAGCAAUUUCCAAAAUCUCUCUCCCUCUUAUAAUGCAUGAAGAAUGCAUGAUGCUGGACUUGAAACUUUAGUUCAUGUAUACUUGUCAGAUAUGUGUUAUUUAUCAUUUACCAGGUAAACACAGCUUCGACACUUGAUUCAAUGAGAACAUUUGUAGAAAUUUCAGUUUGAGGCAUUUAUUUGAUUCACUUGAGUUUCCACUGGAGUCCUUAAACUGUUACUGUUAUUCAUGAUAGUAUUAUUACUUUACUAGUAGCGCUAGGGCUGCUUCUGAUCUCAAACGCACAGCUAGGUUUUUGUCUUUUCUUCCUUAUAGAGUGAGCUGUUGCUGUUUGUUUUAUAUUCAACUAAACUUCCUGAUGUUAGUAUUUAAUCUCUUUAAGCAUCCCCAAACCCUGGACAUUCAUUUAUUCAAACCAUUUGCUUCUUACCUCUCAUCUCUUAUUUUCACUGUUGUAAAUCUUCAAUGUUGAUCUUGCUUUUCCGGUCUCUGAAUUCAGAGUCCAUCUGCACUGGUAAUAGCUAGCUGAACGGGUUAAGCAGUAGUCAAUAAGAAUGUUCCUGGUCAGGAUUGUCAGUGGAAGCGAUGGCCAUGGUGCUCUUCAAAAUGCUGUUUUGUUUAUUUCUUUCUUCUCUCUUUUUUUUUUAAGUAGUGAAAUAAAGCUGCUGUGUAUCAUGA